AGGGACACCAUCCAUCCCUCGCCAUUUUACGUCAAAGCGAGCUCAAUCAAGUUAGCUUCUGUCAGUCGCUGUGUUUGUGUAUGGUGUUGUGAAAAAUUAUCUGUGUCGAUGAAUCUCAAUGGGAAAUCGUGCUGAUUACGACUCCGAAAGAUGGGUCGGCCGUUGUGUUUGUGUUUUUGAUGCGUCGCUCGAUCAGUGAUGAUGGCCAAGUGAUUGAUGAAGUGAAGUGUUUUGUGUCGUAUGUUGGCCAGUCACGGCAACAGCGAGAGCCUUUCUUUGGAUAAAUCGUCCCCAAGACGACGUCGGACCAUAGAAUAGGAAGGUGACACCAUGUCGGCAAAAAAUAUUCCAGGAGAUAAGGUAAUGAGACCCGCUUACAAAGGCAAUCGAUUAUUCGGACGGGUAUGGGUUAGUCCACCCACACUAAAGAUAAACCUGCGGCUGAUCCUGGUGUCCGGCAAGACGAAGGAGUUCGUCUUCAGUCCCGUCGACUCAGCCGGCGAUAUCGCCAUACACGUCUACGACAACUGGCCGGAAGCGGACUGGGCGUCGGAGUGCGUGUCGCGCGCGGAGAUCCUGCGGCUUAUCUACCAGGGCCGCUUCCUGCACAGCUCCGUGACGCUGGGCGCGCUCGGCCUGCCGCUCGGCCGCACCACCGUCAUGCACCUCGUGCCGCGCGAGCACCUGCCCGAGCCCAACUCGCACGGUGAGUCCCUGAUGACGUCACUGCUGGCGAUCCUGCGGCUCAUCUAUCAGGGCCGCUUCCUGCACCGCUCCGUGACGCUGGGCGCGCUCGGCCUGCCGCUCGGCCGCACCACCGUCAUGCACCUCGUGCCGCGCGAGCACCUGCCCGAGCCCAACUCGCACGGUGAGUGCCUGAUGACGUCACUGCCGGCGAUCCUGCGGCUCAUCUACCAGGGCCGCUUCCUGCACAGCUCCGUGACGCUGGGCGCGCUCGGCCUGCCGCUCGGCCGCACCACCGUCAUGCACCUCGUGCCGCGCGAGCACCUGCCCGAGCCCAACUCGCACGGUGAGUCCCUGAUGACGUCACUGCUGGCGAUCCUGCGGCUCAUCUACCAGGGCAGCUUCCUGCACCGCUCCGUGACGCUGGGCGCGCUCGGCCUGCCGCUCGGCCGCACCACCGUCAUGCACCUCGUGCCGCGCGAGCACCUGCCCGAGCCCAACUCGAUCCUGCGGCUCAUCUACCAGGGCCGCUUCCUGCACAGCUCCGUGACGCUGGGCGCGCUCGGCCGCACCACCGUCAUGCACCUCGUGCCGCGCGAGCACCUGCCCGAGCCCAACUCGCACGGUGAGUCCCUGAUGACGUCACUGCUGGUGAUCCUGCGGCUCAUCUACCAGGGCCGCUUCCUGCACAGCUCCGUGACGCUGGGCGCGCUCGGCCUGCCGCUCGGCCGCACCACCGUCAUGCACCUCGUGCCGCGCGAGCACCUGCCCGAGCCCAACUCGCACGACCAACGGCAAAAGAGCAAAGGUGGCUCCAGCAGUUGUUGUUCGGCGUCCUGCUGCAUAUUGUAAUAGCUGCGCGGGGGAGGGGCGGGGCGUCGCGGGGACUCCAUGUGUUCAGUGAGCUAGACCUGAUUCCUGCCUCGCGGUGUUCUCUAACGGGGCAUGAGCCCGGGCGCUCCGGGGAGUCAUGCCGCAUGGGAAACGUGCUACGAAUAUCAUGACGCCACGUGUGGACACCAGUAUACGGCACAAUACCACCUAUGCGAACGACAUGACGUCGCGAGGGAAUAGUGCUACGACUUUUGACACCGUAUGGACAGUGCUACGAGUAAUCGUAGCGAUGCGGCGUGUGGCACUAUGAGUGGAAUGAUGCCGCUUUUGAACUGCGUAGCGUAGUUACGAAGUGGGCGUUCAAAGCGGCAUUAAUCUACGCGUCGACAGUGCUACGCAAUGUUACAGUGCUACGGGCGUCAUGAUACUGUGCUACGAGCCUGACGGUUCCCCGUGUGAAUGCACUUUCAAGCGGCUAGGCCUCGUGCAGACAUUGAGAAACAUGACACAUGAAUAGUUAACGCAUUUAGCAAAUACGUCGUGUUUGCCGUCAGUCUUAAAUAGUAAAUUCCUGUAAACGCGAUGUCAUUAAGGCAUUCUAGUGUCCUGACUCGUGGUGUCUGCGCCGCCCAAGGAUGAGACCCAAACGCAACACAAAAACAAACGCACACUCCAGCUUCAUUAGAUAACAUCGCGAGUGACAUCUUCGAUUUAAAGUCACCGUUUAAUUUUCUGGAUAGCUUUAUAAGCGAAUUGUAUAUUAUCUCACCGCGUAAAUUAUAAAUCGUAUAGGAAUCAUGCUGCCGAAAUAUGUUUAAAAUUAUUAGAUAUUCGGAAUAAGGUAUCGAAAGUAUAAGUUAGGCGCGUGAUGGUCGAGUGGCUGCCUUGAGGACGGAUCGCUGCACUUCAUCUGGCUAUUGACAAAAUACAAAUCUUUAGUAUUAUAAUUUAGGCCAUCAACAUGAAUUUAUAUAACGUUACUAUUUAUAAAAUUUAAAUGACAAAUCGUGUAGUGAAACAAACGGAAUGUAUAAAUUAACUCUCAUUUGCUGUAAAUAGUAUUUGAUAAUUCAUUAAGGAGUCGUUUUCGGGACUAUUGAUUUUGUGAUAAGUUUUUGCAAUAAAUUGGGACUUUUUAUUUUUAAAUUGUCUAUUUACUGCGCUAGUUGUAGCAUAAAAUAAUAAAUUUAUGGGAAUGAACACGCAACGCGGGACUUACACACACAUUACACACACACGAGCACGGCGACUGCCGUGUGGACUGCGACGUAAAUUUUAGUUAUAGCGCAUUAGUAUAACUGUGAAAUUUGCAAGUCUUGCUUAUGACGUCACUGUAUACGCCUAAUAUAAAUCGAAUGCGCGAACAUAAUAACACCCCCACACAAAUUCUGUUUUGUUACUGCCGUAUUUCUGCUAUUUUGCAAGUUUUUAAUGCUUUUACACUGUUACCAGAGUCCAUUAUUUUGUAAAUAUCGAAUAGAGCUUUUAUAUGUUUAUUUACACCACUCGUAACGCAACCUAUAGUUAUUCUUUAUUUGGCAUUUUUUAUAAGAUAGCUAUAGUAUACAGGGUGUCCCGUAAUGUAACGUCAAGCCGGAACUGGGUGUUGAGGCAAGUUGUGCUGGUUAUCAGAAAAAUAUAAAAAAAAAUCUAUGUGGCAUAUUUUAAAAAUAAUAGGCAUUUAAAAAAAAUCAAAAAAUUCUACUCCAGGUGACGGUCCUUUUACUCGUGUUGCCACAAAUCUUCACUUUUUCCAAAUUUUUUUUUUGUUAUGUAACCCUGAAUAAUGCUUCUCUAAAUUGUUAUCAAAAUUACAAAACCAGCUGCUCCAGCUUGGAUGAAAAAAAUACAUUAUUCUCAAAAAAAAAUUCAAAAUAAAAAUUUUGCCUAGUUUAAACUGACUGUACUGAAAAAAAAAUGUACUACGCGAGUGUGGCAAGUGACGUCAUAAUUUGGCGCAUUUAGUAAGGAUUCCAAAAUGGUAUAACACUUGGUAAAUUUUUGCUGUAAUUGUCGACAAUUUUUGGUUUUUUGGAAAUAGUCCCGUUUUUAACUUUAUUUACCUUGGUUAAAAAUUAUUAUUCUAAUGUGCCCAAAAUUCAAGUUUCUGUGACUGACUACCGUACAGUCAGUCACAGAAACUUUUGUCACCAUGACAGUAAUUAGUAGUUGACAUACUGUGACAAAAGUCACCCGUGCGCGCGCGCCUUUACUACCUCCUCUGCCUGCACUUGUACUUGGUAACAGGGAUAAUAAGGAUAUGAAGUUUCGGUUAUGGAUACGGUUACGGAUAUUAGAAUAAUAUUAUACCGGUUUCGGUUACGGUCACGGAUAUGAAAUCAUUUCAGAUUAUCCGAAAGUCUCGGAUAAUUUCGGUUACGGAAUUAUUAGAAUUUCAAAAAUGUAGGUAUAAUACAAAUAGCAAGAUGCUGCGUGAGCGUGACCCACAUAGCUACUUUAUGUACCAACUAAGACGACACCUAUGUAUGAUAAAGGUAAAACAGGCUGGCAUAUUAGAUGGUGCCAGCGAAUGCCAGACAAGUUGGUAACAAAUAUUAAGAUUUAAGGUACAAUUCCAAGACGGGCCGCAGACCGCAAACUGCAACCGCAAACUGCAAAACUAUGAAAUCGGCAGCGCGGCAUUGCAGCUGCGGCGUGUAUGUAUACUGCAAAUUUCAUAGAAUUUUGCAGUUUGGCCUUUAUCCGAAACUAUCCGUAACUUUUGAAUCAGUUUCGGUUACGGUUAUGAACAUUUUUUUAUUUCGGAUAUCCGAUAGUUUCGGUUACGGUUACGGAUAUCCAUAACAUCCCUGCUUGGUAAGAUGGCCCUCUCCGUCCCGCUCAUACCUUUUAAAAUGGCUUCUCCACCUCACUUAAGCCAGGAACUUAAAUUUUGGGCACAUUAGAAUAAUAAUUUUUAACCAAUCUAAAUAAAGUUAAAAACGGGACUAUUUCCAAAAAACCAAAAAUUGUCGACAAUUACAGCAAAAAUUUACCAAGUGUUAUACCAUUUUGGAAUCCUUACUAAAUGCGCCAAAUUAUGACGUCACUUGCCACACUCGCGUAGUACAUUUUUUUUUCAGUACAGUCAGUUUAAACUAGGCAAAAUUUUUAUUUUGAAAUUUUUUUUGAGAAUAAUGUAUUUUUUUCAUCCAAGCUGGAGCAGCUGGUUUUGUAAUUUUGAUAACAAUUUAGAGAAGCAUUAUUCAGGGUUACAUAACAAAAAAAAAAUUUGGAAAAAGUGAAGAUUUGUGGCAACACGAGCAAACGGACCGUCACCUGGAGUAGAAUUUUUUGAUUUUUUUUAAAUGCCUAUUAUUUUUAAAAUAUGCCACAUAGAUUUUUUUUUAUAUUUUUCUGAUAACCAGCACAACUUGCCUCAACACCCAGUUCCGGCUUGACGUUACAUUACGGGACACCCUGUAUGUUCGUUUUUAAAUUGGUACAUAUGAUUUAUCUAAAGAUUAUUCGGCUUAGCCUUAAUUUUUGUUGUAAGUUUACAAAUAUUGAAAUAAUUAUUCUCCGUGCAACAAUCACAUCGUCCUAGACUGCAAUCCUCACCGUUAUUACAAUAAUUAUGCAAAUAUUUUGUGAUAGUACAAAUGAAAUUAUUUACUCGAUGAAACAUGGAUGAAACUGAGGACUCGCUAAUUGAGUUUACACUUUAACAGUAUUAAAAUAGGAACUGAAAUAGCUGAUUCAUGUCUCGACUGCUGCUUGCUUUCGGCGGACAACGACUGCGAAGAAUAAUCUUGCCAUUCACUAACCGUGAGGCCGCCCGACGCACAUACAGGGUGAUUAUGAAAUUGUGUCUUAAAAUAACUAUUAAAGUUGAUAAACAAGUACUAUCCACACAAAAUUGGCUUUUAACGAUGCGAUUACUGGAGUUUUUAUGCGAUUUGGACGGAUUAGAAGUUGUUUUUUGCCAACAACAGUCACUACCUUUCAAGAAACAAUUUCAUAAUCAUUAUGUAAGUCGCAUACAGAAAUUUGUUUUGUAGAGCACAAUAAAUGCAUUAGUAAAUUAUUACAUACUUGCAUGUUAAUUUUGCCUGAGGUUUUAGUAAAAUUAGAAUGAAAUUAGUUGUAUCACAAAUAGACGUUGAUAAUAAACAUGUUUGUCUUGUACUUUGGAAGCACAUUAUUUUCUGCGCAAGCGUCGCGCGCGGCCUCGGCGCAGCAACCACGUUCUGUAUAAAGUGAUGCCGUAUGAAUGGUAUAAAUUUUUGGUUGCUCUGUUCAGUUGCUGUAUGUAUGUAUUUUGUUAAGUUGUGUAAAAUACCUAGUUUAUAAAUAAAAUAAUACAAAUUUA